UCAAAAAAAGGGAAAAUGAUUAAACGAUUUAUUUAAUAUUCAAAAAUGUUUCAACGGGAUAUUAUACUUCGGGUGUAACUAGAAGCAGCUCAGAAGCUAUACGGGAUACGGACCGCGAUCUCGUGUGGCAGACCUGCGGCUCCUUUCUGGGGCCACACCAACAUUAUGGUACUGGCCUCACUGAUAUCAACCAUUGCAAAGCUCCCCGCCAAAACGAAACUUGGCCACCACAAUCUUACGGUAGGAUGGACGAAAUGAAAAACUGGUUUUUCGGAUUAGAGUACUUGGAUUAUUUCUGGGCGAUACUAUUGUCGUUUAUAAUGGAAAGAAUCUGCUGCUUGCAAGAACAAUUUACCAGAGACUUUAUUGUACUCCCGGACCCGCCAACUAAUGACGACGACUCGUAUGAUUCAAUAAACUUGGAAGAAUUUUCAGAUAGAGACGGGUCCCUGAAGCUAAGUUUCCUGCGGCUGUGCCGGUUGUCGCAGGUCACCAUACUGCUCACACUAGUCUACUUCUUCAACAUCUGCUUCUGGUUUGUGAUGACGAAGAAGGCUACACCCACGUACAGGUUUAAAAUAUCUCUUUCUGUUUGAAUGUUAAUAUAUUUUCGUUAUUUAUAGGUAUCUUCUCAUAUCCUCUGGUGUUUGGGUUACGCUAGGCUGUCUAAAGUCACAGUAAAAUAUUUGUAACUUGGGAGUUCUUAAAAAUAAACAAAUAAAUUGAAAACGUGUAUAGUUUACUUACUUGCCAAUAUGUAUGGUUGUCAGCUCACUCUCAUCGCAGGAUGGUAGGCAAGU